GCGUCGGGGCGGCCAGGGGCGCAGUCCGCGCCCCCUCCCCACCAGCGACCCCCGAGCCCGCCGGGAUGAACCGGCCGAAGCCCGCGGCCGCGCGCCGCCCCAGCGCCGUCGCCAAGCCCUCCGGUCACCCUCCUCCGGGAGACUUCAUCGCCUUGGGCUCCAAAGGCCAGGUCGGGGAGUCGAAGGCAGCCGCCACGUUGCUCAAGCCGGCUUCGGCCGGGCUGCCCUCCGAGCGGAAGCGUGAGGCGGCGGCGUCCGCCUUGUCCAGCACCUCCGGGCUGACGGGGCUCGCCAAGCGCCCCAAGCUUUCCUCCACGCCCCCUCUCAGCGCUCUGGGACGCUUGGCAGAGGCCGCCGUGGCUGAAAAGCGGGCCAUUUCACCUUCCAUCAAAGAGCCGUCGGUAAUUCCUAUUGAAGUGGCCCCAACUGUUCUGCUGGAUGAGAUCGAGGCUGCGGAAGCUGAAGGCAACGACGACCGCAUUGAAGGGGUGUUGUGCGGAGCUGUGAAGCAGCUGAAAAUGAAUCGGGCCAAGCCUGACAUCACCCUCUACUUGACCUUGAUGUACCUGGCGAAAAUCAAGCCAAACAUCUUUGCCACAGAAGGAGUGAUUGAGGCGCUGUGCAGCCUUCUCCGCCGAGAUGCCUCCAUCAACUUCAAAGCCAAAGGGAACAGUCUGGUGUCUGUCUUGGCCUGUAACCUUCUCAUGGCGGCUUACGAGGAAGAUGAAAACUGGCCUGAGAUAUUUGUCAAGGUUUACAUGGAGGAUUCACUGGGGGAACGUAUCUGGGUGGACAGCCCUCACUGCAAGACCUUUGUGGAAAACAUUCAGACAGCUUUCGGCACCACGAUGCCCCCUAAAAGUAUUUUGUCACACGGAGAGGUCGGACGCGGUGCAGGGGACCUCAGUGCCGGAAACAGCCCACAUCCUUCUGUUCCAGAGGAAGAAGACAGUCAGAGUGAAUUACUGAUUGCUGAGGACAAGAUGAGUCCUGAGCAGGAAGCCCAGCUGAUGCCCAGGUACGACGACCUCGCGGAGAGCGUGGAGGAAUACGUCCUGGACAUGCUGCGGGACCAACUCAACAGGCGCCAGCCGAUGGAUAACGUCUCCCGGAACCUGUUGCGCCUUCUGACCGCCACUUGCGGCUACAAAGAGAUCCGGCAAAUGGCUGUGCAGAGACUGGAAAUGUGGCUGCAAAACCCCAAGCUUACUCGACCAGCCCAGGACUUACUCAUGUCUGUCUGUAUGAACUGCAACACCCACAGCUCCGAGGAUGUGGAGGUGGUCUCCAACCUCAUCAAGAUCCGCCUGAAGCCCAAAGUUCUCCUCAACCACUACAUGCUCUGCGUGAGGGAGCUGCUGACCGCUCACCGGGACAACUUGGGCACUGUGGUCAAAUCGGUGAUUUUCAACGAACUGUCCAAUGCUAGAAACCCCAACAACAUGCAGAUCCUGUACACGGUCCUCCAGCACAGCCCGGAGCUAGCCCCAAAGUUCCUGGCCAUGGUCUUCCAGGAUUUACUGACCAAUAAAGAUGACUAUCUGAGAGCAUCCCGGGCGCUCUUGCGAGAGAUCAUCAAGCAGACCAAACACGAGAUCAACUUCCAGGCCUUCUGCCUGGGCCUCAUGCAGGAAAGGAAGGAGCCUCAGUAUGCUGAAAUGGAGUUCAAGGACCGGUUUGUCAUCCACAUUACAGAUCUGCUGGCAGUCUCCAUGAUGCUCAGCAUCACUGCCCAGGUCAAAGAAGCCGGGAUCGCGUGGGACAAAGGCGAGAAAAAAAAUUUAGAAGGGCUGCGGGCUUUCCAGAACCAGAUCGCAGCAAUCCAGCGUGACGCUGUCUGGUGGUUGCACACCGUGGUGCCCUCGAUCACGAAGCUGGCUCCUAAGGAAUACAUACACUGCCUCCACAAAGUCCUGUUCACAGAGCAACCUGAGACAUACUACAAAUGGGAUAACUGGCCUCCUGAGAGUGACCGCAACUUCUUCCUUCGCCUCUGCUCCGAAGUGCCGAUCCUUGAGGACACCCUCAUGCGCAUCCUUGUGAUCGGCCUGUCGCGGGACCUCCCGCUCGGCCCUGCCGACGCCAUGGAGCUCGCUGACCACCUUGUGAAACGGGCUGCUGCUGUGCAGGCGGACGAUCUCGAAGUCUUGAGGGUGGAGAGGAUUCAGCUGAUCGAUGCCGUCUUGAAUCUGUGCACCUAUCACCAUCCUGAGAACAUCCAGCUGCCUCCAGGGUACCAGCCUCCAAAUCUGGCUAUUUCAACUCUGUACUGGAAAGCUUGGCCCUUGUUGCUUGUGGUUGCCGCGUUCAAUCCGGAAAACAUUGGUCUCACGGCGUGGGAGGACUAUCCCACCUUAAAGAUGCUCAUGGAGAUGGUGAUGACCAACAAUUACUCCUACCCGCCCUGCACUCUGACCGAUGAAGAGACGCGCACGGAGAUGGUCAGCCGGGAGCUGCAGAUCUCUCAGCGGGAGAAGCAGGAGAUCCUUGCCUUUGAGGGUCACCUGGCAGCCGCCUCCACCAAGCAGACCAUCACGGAGAGCAGCAGCCUCCUGCUGUCCCAGCUGACGAGCCUGGACCCCCAAGGGCCUCCCCGCAGGCCGCCUCAGCCCGUCCUGGACCAGGUGAAGAGCCUCAACCAGUCCCUGCGCCUGGGGCACCUCUUGUGUCGCAGCCGGCACCCUGACUUCCUGCUGAACAUCAUCCAGAGGCAGGCUUCUUCCCAGUCCAUGCCGUGGCUGGCAGACCUCGUUCAGUCCAGCGAAGGGUCACUGGACGUCCUUCCGGUCCAGUGCCUUUGCGAAUUCCUUCUGCACGACGCCGCUGACGAGUCGGCAUCUGGGGAGGAAGAAGACGAGGGAGAAAGUAAAGAGCAGCGUGCCAAGAAACGGCAGAGGCAGCAGAAACAGAGGCAGCUGCUUGGCCGUCUGCAGGACCUGCUUCUCGGACCCACAGCAGACGAGCAGACCACGUGCGAGGUGCUGGACUACUUCCUGAGGCGCCUCAGUUCAUCCCAGGUGGCCUCGCGGGUGCUGGCCAUGAAGGGCCUGUCCUUGGUGCUUUCGGAGGGCGGGCUGCACGAGAAGGAGGAGAAGGAGCACCCGAUGGAGGAAGACUCCCGGGACGUCGAGCUGCUUCAGAGCUACCAGUGGCUCCUGCGAGACCUCCCCAGGCUGCCCCUGUUCGACAGCGUCCGGACCACCACGGCAGUGGCUUUGCAGCAGGCCAUCCAUAUGGAGACAGACCCCCAGACCAUCAGCGCUUACCUGGUGUACCUGUCCCAGCAUGCGCCGGUUGAGGAGCAAGGGCAGCACAACGACCUGGCUUUGGACGUGGCCAGGCUGAUUGUAGAGCGCUCCACCAUUAUGUCUCACCUCUUCUCCAAGCUCUCCUACUGCUCGGAGUCGGACACCGUGUUGGUGGCUCUGCUCUCUGUCUUCGCGCGCUACAUCAAGCGCAUGCGCCAGAGUAAGGAAGGCGAGGAGGUUUAUAACUGGUCGGAGUCCCAAGACCAGGUCUUCCUUCGCUGGAGCAGUGGAGAAACCGCCACCAUGCACAUCCUGGUGGUCCACGCCAUGGUGAUUCUGCUGACCCUCGGGCCCCCUCAAGCGGAGGACAGUGACUUUUACAUCCUGCUGGACAUCUGGGUCCCCGAGAAGAAGCUGCUCCCAACAGCUUUCCUGGUGGACACAUCUGAAGAGGCCCUGCUCCUUCCCGAUUGGUUGAAACUGCGCAUGAUCCGCUCAGAGGUGCCCCGGCUGGUGGACGCAGCGCUGCAAGACCUCGAACCCCAGCAGCUGCUGCUGUUUGUUCAGUCCUUUGGCAUCCCGGUGUCCAGCAUGAGUAAGCUUCUGCAGUACCUGGAUCAAGCCGUCUCUCACGACCCCCAGACGCUGGAGCAGAACAUAAUGGACAAAAAUUACAUGGCCCAUCUUGUGGAGGUGCAGCAUGAACGUGGAGCCACGGGCGGGCAGACCUUCCACGCUCUCCUCACAGCCUCCCUGCCGUCCCACCAAGACAGCGAUGAUGCCCCACGGAUCAAAUCCAGCCUUGAGGUUCCCCAGGGACAAGGGAGGAGCCGAGCUUUAGCCCAGAUCCGUGUCGUCGAUCCCGAGGACGACUUGGCAGGUAUCCUCCUCCAGUUGUUUCCACUGACUCCGGAUCCCCGCUGGCAGAACUCGAACCCGCGGCCCCUUGCCCUGGCUUUGCAGCAGACGCUGAGCCAGGAGCUCGCCCAGCUGCGCCAAGGAGGCAGCCUGCCAUCACCUGAGGCUGCAGCGCGACUUUUAAAGGCUCUGGCGGCCCUCUUCAGCUCUCCCCACGGGGGAGCCCUGGCCAUGGCCAUGCACCGGAACCACGUCAUGGCUUGCCCGCUCAUGCGCUUGCUGUGGCAGCGCCAGCGCCAGGCUCCCCAUGACGACGCCUUCUCCUCAAUGUUCUUCAAAGUCCUCAUGCAGAUUUUGCAGUGGCUGGAGAACUCGGCGGUGGAAGAAGGGCUCCUGCGGACCCAGCUCAAGUCCUUUGCUGUCCAGUAUUCGUCCCAACACAGGAUCAGCGAUGCCCAAGCUGGGCUCUUGCAUCUGGCGGAUGCUCUGGCCUUCUGCCACAACUCUGAAGUGAUUGGCUCCACCGUCCGUGCCAUCGUGGCCACCUUGAAGUCCAGCAAAAAGUGGAACGUGGAGCCGGAGCUUGUCAGCAGAGUCCUCGAAGGCCUGACCAAGACGCGCUCGCCGUAUCUGGAGGAGUUGUUGGUGACCCUCUUCUCUGUGGCGACGGAAAUGGCGUCCCAUUUUCCUGCCUCUGGGCCCAUCUCGGUGGUGAGCUCCUUGCUGCUCCAGUGCAAACAGGAGACUCUCACGAAGAAAGAAGCAGAGAGCUGCAGCGUCGAAACCGCCUCUGGUCUCUUCAUUGAUUGGUUGGAGUUGCUGGAUCCUGAAGUCGUCAGCAGCUGCCCUGAUCUCCAGCAGAAACUGCUGUUUUCCUGGAAUAAGGAUAAAGACUCUUCUGAGUCAGAGCCCCCCUCCUUCCGUCCAUACCUUCUGGCCCUCCUUACCCACCAGUCCAGCUGGACCACGCUGCACUGUUGCAUCAGGACCCUGCUCUGCAAAAACCCAGAGCACAGUUUUGACCCAACAGCUUCCUUGGACUUCUUGUGGGCCUGCAUUCAUAUGCCUCGGAUCUGGCAAGGGAGGGACCAACGGGUACCGCAGAAACGGCGAGAAGAGUUUGUGCUGCGGCUCAAGGCCUCUGAACUGCUGAGCUUGGUGGAGCUCAUCCUGGCAGAAUCAGAAAGCAGGACCCCGAACCCCAAAGAGACCACCUGCCUGGUCAUCCAGUCCCGGCUGCCGCUUCUCCUGAGUUGCUGCCAUGGAAAUGUCCAGAGGAUCCAAAAAGUCACUGGGUACCUGACCGCUUCCAUCCAGAAGUGGGGAAAAAGCUCAAUGGGAAAACGUUGUCAAGACCUCCUCCUGCAAAUGUACCUUCAGCUGCCCGAGCUUUUGGUGCCGGUGCCCGAGAUCCUGCUGUCCAGCGAAGGGGCCACCGACAGCAGUCCCUGCAGACUGGACAGCCUGAUCCACCGGUUCAUCACCCUCCUUGCCGACACCAGCGAUCUGAAGAUGAACGAGGGCCGGCUCUGGGAUGCCAACGUGGCGUGUCGGAAGCUGGCUGUGGCUCACCCCAUCCUCCUGCUCAGGCACCUGCCGAUGAUCGCGGCCCUGCUGCACGGCCGGAUCCACCUCAACUUCCAGGAGUUCCGCCAGCAGAAACACCUCGCCUUCUUCCUGCACGUCCUGGGGAUUCUGGAACUCCUCCAGCCGCAAGUCUUCCAGAGCGAGCACCAGGGGGCGCUGUGGGACUGUCUGCUCUCCUUCAUUCAGUUGCUUCUGAGCUACAGGAAAUCUUCCCGCCACCUCACCGCCUUCCUCACCAAAUUCGUGCAGCUCAUCCACAAGUACGUCACCUCCAACGCUCCGGCCGCCGUCUUGUUCCUGCAGAAGCACUCCGGCCCCCUCCAUGACCUGUCUUCGGACAACAGCGACCUGGCCAUGCUGAAAUCUCUCCUGGCUGGCCUCAGCCUGCCCAGCAAGGCCGGCGCUUCAGAUAGGGGGCCGGACGAUGAGAAGAACGAUGAGGCUGCAGCAGGAUCUCUGCCCCUGGUCAGCGUCUCCCUCUUCACUCCUCUCACUGCUGCUGAAAUGGCCCCAUACAUGAAGAGUCUUUCCAGGGGCCAGAACGUAGAGGAUAUCCUGGAGGUGCUGACCGACAUCGACGAGAUGUCCCGACGGAGGCCGGAAAUCCUUGCUUUCUUUUCUACUCACCUGCAAAAACUGAUGAACUCUGCAGAGGAAAUCUGCCGGAACCUGGCUUUCAGCCUCGCUCUGCGCGCCAUUCAGAAUAAUCCCAGCAUUGCAGCUGAUUUCCUGCCCACCUUCAUGUACUGCCUCGGCAGCUGCAACUUUGAAGUCGUCCAGACAGCCCUGAGGAAUCUGCCCGAAUACACCCUUCUCUGCCAAGAACACGCUGCGGUGCUGUUGCAAAGGGCCUUCCUGGUGGGGAUGUAUGGACAGUUGGAUACCAGCUCCCAGAUCUCAGAUGCCUUGAAGAUUUUGCACAUGGAAGCUAUGAUGUGAAUGGCGGUGUGCAAGAGGCAGCAGAUCUGAAGGGGAAGAUGGGCCUUGUCCGAGGUCGCUAGCCAGGGACUCUAGGAGAAGCAGCUUGGGGCUUUUGUGGAAAAGACCAAGAUCUAUCUGCCAGGACAUUUCUGAUAGAAAAAGAGACUUGAGGGGCACUGGGAUUUCUUCCCUUCUAGAUGCCACUUCUAGUGAGGAGUAAAACGUUUCACCAUCCUCAUUUUCCUUCGUCUAUGGUCGCAAGUGGACCAGGAUGACCAAUCCCAUCUUGGGGGUGGGGGGUAAAAACUUAGGGUGCUUUGCUAAACUUCCUGGGGAUCAAAUUCUACCCCGUAGAACAGUGUUUCUCAACCUUGGCAGCUUUAAGAUGGGUGGACUUCAACUCCUAGAAUUGGGGAAUUCUGGGAGUUGAAGUCCACCCAUCUUAAAGCUGCCAAGGUUGAGAAAUAACUGCCAUAGAAUAUCAGAACCAUCUCCAGAGCAGUGAUCCAAUAAUAUUUCUUACUCUUUUAAAAUUAAAAGUGUGUUGUUUUUUAUGUACUUUCUGAAUGUAUAGCUCUUCAUUUUGAUUUAUCUUGUCUCCUAAAAGUCUAAGCACCUGUAUUAUAAGUUAUUCUAAGUAUCUACUGGUAGCUGACAAAGGAUUGGUGCCACCUUCUGGUUCUUGGAUUAAACCCCAUUGCCUUUAAUAUUGCCCAUUGCAGAUUAGACAGAACACCUAAAGUCCCAGCUUCUUUUAAAACAACUCCAUUAAUUACAAUUAUAACAAUAAGUUGGGAAGGAUGGUUAGUAGCACUCAUAAAGAGUUUGUUCUUUUCAGAA